AUGGACAGCGAUGUCCGCGUGCUUAAUGUGAGUACGGAUACGAGUUUGAACACGUCGAUGAUCGAAGACUCGGAGACGGAGGUGAUCGAGCUGGAUGCCGAUGCCAGUUGCAACACAGAAGUUACCUCCUGUUUUGAUGAUGAAAAUCAGGUCUACAGUGUGAAGAGCAUCAGUCACGCCUCGACCCCGAACGACAUCGAAAUAAUUGAAACGAUGGUCCAUUUGCGAAGAGAUUCGCAAUUCGCUCAGUCGAGCGAUAUCAACUCGCAGCCCGCCUUUAAGGUUAUGUUUCGUGACGAGAAUGUCUCGAGACGAUAUCGGCGACAAAUAAAAGACUUUUUGUACACUUUAGUGCACUCAAAACCCCGUUGUAAGAAAGACUCAAAUGAAUCAAGUCUGACUUUAGAAAUUUGGGAUGAUGGAAUUGAUUACAAAGAUGGAAAGUUUGUAGAUAACGAUAAUGUAUGCGAUGAUACACAUGAUUUUUUAUUUACAAUUGAUAAACAACCGAAUGCAAAGAAUGAUUUGGAUAUUCCGACUUAUGGGCAGAAAUAUGAAAAUACAUUUGAGGAAUCAUCUCAUGAGACACCAAAAGAUAUCAUGCCAAGAUUAAAUUGCUUCAAUUGUAGUGGAAAUCAUAAUUUACGAGAUUGUCCAUUGCCUAAAAAUCAAAGCAAUAUCAAUAGAAGACGUAAAGAGUUUGCUUCAAAACAUGGUACGGGAGUUCGAUAUCACAUGAGUGAGGACCAAAGAUUUAGUUAUAUGGUUCCUGGUCAAUUAAGCCACAAACUACGAAAGGCUCUUGGACUGAAAGAUAAUCAAUUACCUAGGCACAUAUAUAGAAUGAGAUUACUUGGCUACCCUCCAGGGUGGUUGGAAGAAGCGCGCUUACAACAUUCUGGUUUAUCACUGUUCAAUUCUGAUGGAAUAGCGGAAAGUGAUACACAUAAAGAAGAAGGCGAAAUUAUCAUAAAUAGAGAUAAAGAUAAAUAUGAUAUUAAAAAAAUAUAUGAUUUUCCUGGUUUUAAUGUACCACCUUCUCCUGGGACUGCGGACGAGAGCCACAACUAUUGGGUACCGCAAAUGCAAUCUAUACAUAGCAAACAAGUAAUGUUAUUGCAUUUGCAAGGCAAAGAAACAGACGAUGGUUACAAACGUAAAAAACUGAAAUUACCUCCGCCAGUUAACAAAAAUGUAGCAGCGAUUAGUGAUAUGGAAAUAGAAGAUACCGAAGUAGAAAAUAUUGUGGAGAAUAUAUCUGUUAAUGGACAUUUUAUACCACCGUUACCGAAAGAAUCACUGGAAGCGCCACCACCACCGCCACCAGAAUUACCUCAAACAGAUGAUUCAGACUCACAAUCGCAAGAAUUGCCAUCGUCGGAUUCUGCAGACGACACUACUUCGAACAGGAAUUCGCCAUCCUUGUCUGAAUUAGAAAGAACGAAAAAAGUAUUACUUUUGGAAAUUGAAGAGGUCAAUUCGCAAUCUAAUUCUGAUUCUAUGUCAACUAAAAACGACUCGAAUACUAUGUUUGUGUCGGAAACGCCAUUUUCCAGUAUUACGGCUACACCUUGUACUUCGAGAAGAUCUUCAGUUCAAGAUUCUGUAAAGUCGGAUAUACAGUGCUGUCUUGACACAUCACUUAAAAAUGAUUUAAACACUACGACUACAUUGAACACGUCAGCUUCCGAUAAAAUACCUCAAUUCGAUUCUACUCCAAUUCGUUCUACUUCGCAAAAAUCUUCAGAUACAAAUCAAGCUGCUGUCAAAUCGGUACAUUUCGGUACACCAGUAUUACCAAGUACCUCUCCGUAUAGUAAAUUACCAUCGUCAGAAAAGUUUUCCAAAGAUAUUUGCGACGUUAUCAAUUUCGAAAAUUUACCUGACACAACGGGCAAAUAUGAACAAAUGUCGGGCGUCUUGCAAAAAGUUAGAAGCGCUAUGGCAAAAUUGCAUCAACAGGAAUAA